AUGAAAAUAUUUCUCAAGUUACCUAAAGAAGUUCAAGCAUUAAUCAUUAAAUAUAUAGAUGAUAAAUCAAAAAUUCUGGAAUUAAUUGCAAUCCCUCCCUUACGUGAAUUAGCUUUAAAAGAAAGAUUUUCAACAUAUCAUGUUGAUCCAGAAUGUAAUGGAGAUGGAGAUGGUUGUAUUGAAGCUUUAAAAUCACUUUAUUAUGAAUUUAAAUUUAAACCUUUUAAAAUUAUUGGUGAAAAUCUUGUUAUCAAGGAAUUACUUAAUCUCACAAAAUCAGAAUCCAUAAAUGAAAAAUCUGAAUGUCAUAAUCAAAAAAUUUCAAAUGAUGUUAUUGAUUAUUCAACAAGUAAUUUUGAAAUUUUAUUAAAUUCAUUUGGUGGAUUUAUUGAAUUGAAAAAGAUUAUGGAUCAUGUUAAUGUUGUUGGAAUUCAUAUGUUAUAUGAUAUGGAUGGUGAUAUAAUUCCUCCUUGUGAUAAAAGAAAAUCAGCUGCUUCUUAUAUAAAAGCAUUUAAAAAAGCUAAUUUAGAAGAAUUAACUACAACUUAUGACAAACAAUUUAAAGUUGAAUUUCCCACAUCUUUAAAACGUUUGUCAUUACAUUGUAAACCAACUGAUAAACUCAAUUUAGAUUUAAAAAAAUUAGCAAAACUUGAACACUUGGAAUGUAAAUUGCUUUUUGGAGUUCAAUCAGUAAAUGAUCUUAAACUUUCUAAUUCCAUUAAAAAAUUAGAAAUUAUUGCAUGUGGGUUUGAAAACUUGGGUGAUUUAAGGAAUCUCAAUAAAUUGAGAACUCUUCAGAUUAUAGAUUGUUCAAAAUUGAUUGAUUUUAUUAAAUGUUCAUUUCCAGAAUCAUUAGAAAUCUUAAAUUACAAUAAUGGUGUUGAUAUAUUAAAAGUGUCUACAUUAUAUGAAAAUACUAAGAAUGGUACAAAUGCACAAUUUGAUUUAAAUGAUUUUUCUAAUGAUGGGAAAUCAUUUAUGAUUGGUUCUAAUGUAAAUUUUCCUUCAAACUUGAAAGUCUUAGAAAUUCAUGAUCCUACAAGAACAUUAGAAAUAGGUUCAAAUCUAAAAUUGAAAAAUCUUUGCAUUUUGGUAUUAUCAGAAAUUUCAAAAAUUAAUUUAAAUGGUCUUUUAGAUUCUUUACCAAAAAUUAUGUUUGAUUUUACAAUUCGUGCAUCAGUAAUUUCUACAGUUGAAGGUAAAGCUAUAUUUCCAGAUUUAAUUCGUCUUCAACUUGAUUUUAAUAAUUUUAAAAAUAUAUUUAAAACAAAUAUUCAUGAAUUAAAAAAAUUAUCAAUCUUAAAACUUGAACAUAAUAUGUCACUUCAAUCAAAAGGUUAUGCUAGAGUUGAUCCUUUUCAAUUAUUACUGGUUAAUGACUCCAAAUCAACUAUAACCAAAAGAUCAAAAAAAGUUGAAACUAAUAAUGCUAGUAAUUCAAGAAAUUUUGUGAAUGUGAAAUUACCAGAGAUGAUGCAUUUAACUUUUACACAACUUACUGAAACAAAAUGGGAUGUACCAUUCUUUGAUGAUAAUGUACAACCAUAUAUAAUUAAACCAAUCAUUUCUCAAGUUUCUUUUGUUGAUUGUGAAACAUUAAAAUUUCUUAGUAUCAUUGGAUUAGAUGUUAAAGUUUUAAACAUUAAUUAUUUCCCUAUAUCAUUAGAAAAAUUAACAAUUGAAAAUUUUGAAUUACAAUCAAUUGAAGGUAAUUUUAAAAGUUUAAUAAAUUUAAAACAUUUAUAUUUAAUAAUGAAUCAAAUAAAUCACUCAAUGUUAAUUAAUCAAAAUUUUCCAAAAAGUUUAGAAAGAUUAGAUUUAUCAAAAAAUUUAAUUAAUGAUUUAAAUUGUUUAAAUUUAAAAAAUUGUAUUAAUUUAAUUGAUUUAUUUUUAUUUGAAGUUGCAACAAAAGAUGAAUUAAAAGGAUCAAAUGAAUUGAAACAAUCGUUUUUAAAAUUAACUAAGAAUUCUAAAUCUAAUCAUGCAGUUUUAAAUACUACUAAUUUCGAUGCUAUAUUUGAUAUUGCGGAUGGAAUUGAUGGUGUUACUUCCAAAAAAUUGAAAAAAGUAAUUAGAAAAUAA